AUGAAUAGAUCAAUUUUAAAACUAAUUAAAAAUAAUAAUUAUUUAAAAUAUAAUAGUAAAUCAGCUUUUAAUUAUGCAUCUACCCAAAGAAGAUCAUUUGCAACAAUUGGACAAGCUACCAAAAGUAAAGCAGAUGAAAAGAAACCAAUUUAUUUAGAUAUGCAAUCAACCACUCCAAUUGAUCCAAGAGUUUUGGAUUCAAUGUUAUCACUUUAUACUGAAAGCUAUGGUAAUCCACACUCAAAAACCCAUGACUAUGGUUGGACCUCAAAUGAUUUAGUCGAAGAUGCUAGAGAUCAAGUUGCCAAACUUAUUGGUGCAGAUUCAAAAGAAAUUAUAUUUACUAGUGGUGCUACAGAGUCAGGUAAUACAGCUAUUAAAGGUGUUGCAAGAUUUUAUAAAGAAAAGAAAAAUCAUAUUAUUACCACAGUCACAGAACAUAAGUGUAUUUUAGAUUCAUGCAGACAUUUAGAAAUGGAAGGUUUUAAAGUUACAUAUAUGCCAGUAAAAGAAAAUGGUUUAAUCGAUUUAGAAUUAUUAGAAAAGACAAUUACACCAGAAACCUCAUUGGUAUCUAUUAUGGCAGUUAAUAAUGAAAUUGGUGUUAUUCAACCACUUAAAGAGAUUGGUAAACUUUGUAAAUCAAAAGGCGUUUUCUUCCACACCGAUGCAGCUCAAGCCGUUGGUAAAAUCCCAAUCAAUGUAAAUGAAAUGAAUAUUGAUCUUCUUUCAAUUAGUGGACACAAAAUCUAUGGACCAAAAGGUGUUGGUGCCCUUUUUGUUAGACGUCGUCCAAGAGUUCGUAUCGAACCAAUUUUAACUGGUGGUGGUCAAGAAAGAGGUAUUCGUUCAGGUACAGUCCCAUCUACAUUAGCCGUCGGUUUAGGUGCUGCUUGCAGAAUCUCAAGAGAGGAAAUGGAACGUGACAGUAAAUGGAUUAAACAUUUAUACGAUCGUCUUUUAAAGGGUAUCACUGAAAAUGUACCAGAAGUUAAAAUCAACGGUGACCCAGAGAAGCGUUACUAUGGUAACUUAAAUAUCUCUUUCUCAUUUGUCGAAGGUGAAUCUCUCUUAAUGGCCAUUAAAGACAUUGCAUGCAGUAGUGGUAGUGCUUGUACAUCUGCCUCACUCGAACCAUCCUAUGUUCUUCGUUCAUUAGGUGUCGAAGAAGAUAUGGCACACAGUUCCAUCCGUUUUGGUAUCGGCCGUUUCACUACCGAAGAAGAAAUAGAUUAUACAAUCGAACUUUUAAAGACUCAAGUAGAAAGACUUCGUGAACUCUCACCACUUUAUGAAAUGUGGCAAGAAGGUAUCGAUUUAAAGACAAUCGAAUGGGAUCAAGGUCACUAA